AUGUCCGAGAAACAGGAUCAGCAGACUGCUGUCAUCCAUGACACACGGGCAUCUACAGUUCGGGAGACUUUGAGCGAUGAUGUUCCGACAACGGAAGAGACCAACGAAGCUUCCGAGCCGGAGUGUUACGUGCAGCUUCGGGAAGCCUGUAGGGACAUCAACAUAGCCCAAAUUCGUGACAUCCUCAACCAAAACCCCGGACUCAAUCUCAACAUCAGCGACCCCGAUCAAGGUUACACGCCGCUCCUCGAACUCAUCUCCGUGGCGGCCGUGGAUGAGGAAGCGAAGCAAGCCCCCGAAUGCGUUCGAUUGCUCGCCACACAUGGCGCCGAUGUGAAUGCUAAGGCUGAGAAUGGAUGGACCGGCCUGCAUCAAUGUGCGAGGUGGAACAACGCCAUUUCUCUCGAAAUUGCCAAAGUUCUCAUUGAGCUUGGUACCAAUCCAAGUGCAGACCAAAGGCCCAUCACAAAGAGACAACCAGACGCAACUGGAGAGCCUCACGACCAUGAGCAUGCCCAUGAUCACGAUGAUGGCUGCACAUGUGGCCAGAACAUUGGAGCGGUUCUCGGCACCACAUACAAACUUGCAACCAGCCAAGAAUUAGAUCUCAAGAAGCAAGACAAGGAGUUGGACGUCACGCCCCUUCACCACGCCUGCGGAUACGGCGAUAAUAUGCCAGUGGCCGUGCUGCUCCUCGAAAGCGGCGCCCGUAUUGAUAUUAAUGAUGCAGUGGCAGGCACGCCGCUCCUUGUCGCUGUCCAAGGUGGAAAGGAAGAGAUUUGCAAGCUGUUGCUCAGCAAACCAGGCGGGACCGCCUGUCUGUCGAUGCGUGACAAGGUCGGUCGGCUGCCAAUCCAUCAUGCCGCUGAGCGAGGCCGCCGGAAUCUCGUGGCAGCGCUGGUCGAGGCGGGCUCUCUAGUGGAUCCUGUCCUCGAGGGCGAGGUCGUGCCAGACUACGAGAAAGGGUUUACACCAUUGCUGUUCGCUUGCAAGAAUGCCGACGAUGAUGGGAAGCUCGAUGUCAUUGAGUAUCUGUUGGACCAUGGCGCCGACGCGACUAGAGCCACUGGCCAAGGAAAGACUCCGCUGUUGCUCUCUGUCUUGGCCCAUAACGUCGAGGCGGCCAAGCUCCUUGCGAGCCAUGGGGCCGAUGUCAAGGCGGCCGUUGGUCCCUUUGAAGACGUCAACGCUCUCCACCUUGCAGGGGCGGCUGGGGCAGCAGAUUUGUGCCGUUGGCUCGUGGAGGAGGCAGGCAUCGCUGUAGACGGGCACGACAACCAGGGGUACACGGCUCUUAUCAAUGCCUCGGGCUACGGUAACUCCCCUGAGACGAUACGCAUGCUUGUUUCCACCCUGGGUGCUAACAUCGAGGCGUCCAUCUACGACGGCCGAAGACCUCUGCACUUUGCUGCCUUCAAGGGUCAGACAGCCUGCGCCAAGGAACUCCUUACUUUAGGCGCCGACAGAGAAGCUCUUGAUGGCGCCGGAUGGACCCCGCUGCACUUUGCUGCUCGAUACCACCACCUGGACGUCAUCCGUCUGCUUCUCGACAGCGGCGCCGAAGUGGGCAAGAAGGUAGUUGGAGGUCCACAGCCAAAGCGUGUGGAUGGCGAGGAGUUUGAUAUCAGCGGUUUCACAGCUGCCGACCUUGCCCGGAUCAUCCGUGGCGGCCAGCAGUGUGUUGACUGCCUUGUCGCUGCUGGAGAUCCCCUUUCUGAGGUGACCAAGGACCUGAAGGAUGAGGAUCUCUGGAAGGACGAGGGAGAUCAGUGUUGUGUGAUGUAA